ACUCUCAGAGAAAGAUUGUCUCUCUUGAUUUGUAUCGCCCAAAAGAAGUUAAAGCUCAAGACAGAGCGACAGGCUUAUGCACUGUCAGCCAAUUUCCUACUCAAGCUGCCCCAAUGAUAGCCAAUGAAAGCAUAUCCCAGUUUCCUAUCCAUUCUGCCAUUCCAGAGACCAAUCAGCUGGAACUAACAGUAGCUUUAUAGGAGCAGCUGAACGAAUAAGUUCUACGAAGAAAAGCGCAAGUUCUUUGACGAAGCCAUAGAAAAGCAUUCACUUUUGUUGGAAACAGAUCCACUCAAUCUGACUGCAUUUUGAAUUCCACAAAACAAACUACAUCAAAUUCUUUUGUAGUAACUUCACACGUUCCUGAUGUCGCUUCCGCAAUUGAGGACUUGUUGGAGCAGACAACUAAGAUUCAAGAUCAGAAGUCACCUGGAAAGACUGGCUGCGAUAAAAGUAUAUCCUUCUAUUAGGAUUGAUGUUUUUUAUGUUUAAACUUUUGGUUUCGUUUGCAUUUGGUUUAAUCCUUAAUGGUACCAGAUUUUCCUACCAGACUGUUCGCAUUGUUGGUCAAGACCAUUCAGAAACUUCUCCAAUUGGUGCUUUAUCUAACCAGUGGUCAAAAAGAGCUGAAAGAAAAGAAGAUGUCGGCAAUUCUACUACUGAAGAUGGGACUGUGGGCAUAUGUGAUGGCUUUAGUGAAACACAAACAGAGUCUCAGGUUGAUGACGGUGAAUGGGAGUUGUAUCCACAAGUAACUGCUCUAUGCAUUGGAAAUGCUAAAUACUUUGACGGUGGUAUGAAAAUUGUGCCAAAUGCCGAUCCUUCCAACAGGAGUCUAGAGGUAGUAAUUCUUUAGGAUUUCAAGUGGUAUGACUUUAUUCUGAAUUUACACAAAAUAUACAAUGCGGACAU